AUGGCGGUUGUCAGCAAGAUGGCUCGGUCAAAAGGCCGCGUAGCGGUAGGUGGCGCCGUGGCUGCUGCCGCGCUGCUGGCAGCCCCGAGCUUCCUUGCUCCAGGACAGGAUGUCCCCCGUCAGAUGCAACUGCAGACGCACCAGGUCAGCACAGCUUCGGCUGGUGACGAGGCCAGGAACCUGAACAUGGCAGCAGCAGGUGCCAGCGCCAUGAGCAUGGGCGCAGUCGCUGCUCUGGGGCCCCGCCGUACAGCCAAGCGCGGGCCUUCCAAGCGCAAGACAGCUGUCGCUGUGCGCUCCAGCGAAGACGAUCGGCAGGGUCCCGAAGGCCUCGCGGAGCUCGUGGCCUUGGCUGAGCAACUGCUUCGGCAGCCCGAACCGCAGCAGGUGGCUCUCCUCGCGCAGCGGCUUCAGGCUUUUGCUGCUAACGAGCUCCGCCGAGGUGCUGUGCUCUCGGCCCCAGCUGUCCAGGCCUUCGUGAAGGUUGCAGAUGCCGGCGAGUCGCUGCGGGGAGGCGCCGAGAAGCAGCUUCGCUGGGCGGCCGGCGCUGCCGCAUCGCUUCUUCUGACUUACAGCGUCAGCCUGCAGCCGGCCGUGGCGGCGGAUGCCGUCAACUAUUCCGAUUUCAUGGAGUCCGUGAACCGCGGUGACGUUGAGAUGGUGCGUGUCCAGGAUGACCAGCUUUCCGCCCAGUACACCACCAAGGAUGGCGCUCGUCACGAGGUGAACUUGAUCCCCAAUGGACAGAUUCAGGACCAGUUGUUCAACAGUCUUGCGGAGAAGAAGGUGGAUGUGGUCAUGCAGACCCCUGGAGCCAACAGUGGUGGGCCCCUGGACUUCCUGGCACGCUUCGCCGGCCCCAUCGCCUGGCUGAUCGCAGGACUUCUUGUUCUCUUCGGAGGCGCUGGCAUGGGAGGACCCGCAGGACCUGGCGGCCCGGGCGGAAACCCGUUCGAGCUCGGCAAGUCCAAGGCUCGGAUCAUCAAGGAUGGGGACACCAAAGUGAAAUUCGCAGACGUCGCGGGAUGCGAUGGGGCCAAGCAGGAGCUUGUGGAGGUCGUCGACUUCCUGAAGAACACCUCGCGCUACUCAGAGCUCGGCGCCAAGAUCCCCAAGGGUGCCCUCUUGGUUGGGCCACCGGGUACCGGAAAAACGUUGCUUGCAAAGGCAGUGGCCGGUGAGGCGGGAGUUCCCUUCUUCAGCAUCUCGGCAUCGGAGUUCGUUGAGAUCUUCGCUGGGAUCGGCGCCUCGCGUGUGCGUGACCUCUUCGAGCAGGCGAAGAAGUCAGCCCCCUGCAUCAUCUUCAUCGACGAGAUUGAUGCGGUGGGCCGCCAGCGCAGUGCCGGCUUCGGCCAGGGCAACGACGAGCGAGAGCAGACGGUGAACCAGCUGCUCACGGAGAUGGACGGUUUCGAAGCGAACAAGGGCGUCGUGGUAAUUGCUGCCACGAACCGAGCCGACAUCCUGGACCAAGCCUUGGUGCGGCCAGGACGCUUCGAUCGCCAAAUUCAGGUGGAUCCUCCCGACGUCCAGGGCCGCUCCGAGAUCUUGAAGGUCCACGCCAAGGGCAAGAACCUGGCAGCUGGUGUUGACCUCGCAGCCAUUGCCCGGCAGACCCCCGGCAUGUCUGGCGCGGACCUCGCCAACCUCCUGAACGAGGGUGCCAUCGUUGCGGCGCGCCAGAACAAGGCGGAGAUCGAUUCUGACGACAUCUUCAAUGCACUGGAGCGCAUUGCUAUUGGCUUGGAGAAGAAGGAUGCCGUCAUGUCCGAGCAGAAGAAGAGGCUGGUGGCAUACCACGAGGCCGGUCACGCCAUCCUAGGUGCAUUGAUGAACGACUAUGAUGUCGUGGCGAAGAUCAGCAUCGUUCCUCGUGGGCCUGCCGGCGGCGUCACGAUCUUCAUGCCCUCAGAGGAAAGGCUCAAUUCCGGUCUCUACUCGAAGGAGUUCCUGGAGAAUCGCAUGUGCGUGGCGCUGGGCGGGCGCCUGGCCGAGGAGAUCAUCAACGGCAGGGACAACGUGACGACGGGGGCGUCGAACGACUUCCAGCAGUGUACGCAAGUAGCGAAGCAGAUGGUCAUGUCGCUGGGCAUGUCCCCGGAGAUUGGCCAGCGGCUCCUCGGAGGACAGCAGGGCGGUGGCCCUUUCAUGGGCCGCGACUUCAUGGGCCAGGGUGCUCCUCCCAUGUCUCAAGCACUGAGGCAGAAGGUGGACGCCGAGGUCAAGCGUAUCGUGGACGAGCAGUAUCAGCGUGGCAUGAAGCUCCUGCGCGACAAUAUGUAUCUCCUGGAUGAGCUUGCCAAGCAGCUCAUGGCGGAGGAAAAGGUCUCCGGCGAGCAGCUGAUGAAGCUGAUCAACAAAGCAGCUGCCGAAGGAAAGCUCGUCAUGGGCAACACGAAGAUGGCAGUUGCCGCCUACACAGGUGAGGUGGUCGAGACAACCGCCGAGGUCUCCAUGCCUCGUAAGACACAGUGCCUGCAUCCGGACAAGCCGAUGAUGUUUGCUUGUGCCGACUGCCCUCGCCGCGGCUUCUGCGGCUCGACGGGUGCUUUGCCACAGGGUGGCAAGGCCGCUCGCAGCGCUGUUGCAAGGCUUGGGCUGGCAACGCCUGAGACUGAGAGCCGGGAGUCCACCAGCGAGGAGGUCCUGCGCCGAGUGAAGGACAUGGCCGGCGAGGUCUCCACCGGGGCUGCGCUGCCCGACACCGUCGUGAAGCACGCUGCUGUGCAGGUCCUGGCGGCUCUCGCUGCCACCGCGGCACCGUUGGCAGCCAAGGCUGACGAUGUGCCAGCACUGCAGUCCAUGGGCACACCGCAGAUGCAGAUGCAGCAGCCGGGUGGAGGGGGCUUCGCCCGAGUCAGCGGGCGUGUGACCUACUCUCGUCUCCUCGAGUUCGUGGAUGAGGGUUCUGUGAAGCGCGUGGACUUCUACGACCUUGGCCGCACAGCCGUCGCCACCGUAUCUGUGGGUGGCCGCGAGCAGCAGCUUGUUUGCGAUCUUCCCGGAGCCACCACAGGCCUUAUCGAGAAGCUGACAGCCAAGGGUAUCUCCAUUGAGGUCCAUCAGCCGGAGAAGCCAAAUCCUUUGUUCAACGUCCUGGGUGAUGUUGCCCUCCCCCUCCUGCUCAUCGCAGGCCUGCUGUUCCUGCGCUCUCGUGCCCCCGGAGGUGGUGGCGGCAUCCCAGGCUUCGGCAACCAAGGCCAGGCCAAGAUCAUGAUCACGCCUGAAACGGGCGUGAAGUUCGAAGACGUGGCUGGCAUCGACGAGGCAAAGGAAGAGCUUAUGGAGAUUGUGGACUUCUUGAAGGCACCCGAGAGGUUUGUGAAGGUCGGGGCAAAGAUCCCUCGCGGGGUGCUGUUGACAGGACCCCCCGGCACCGGCAAGACGCUGAUGGCCAAGGCAUUGGCGGGUGAGUCCGGCGUGCCCUUCAUUCAGUCGUCCGCCUCGGAGUUCAUCGAGCUUUUCGUCGGUGUGGGCGCCUCCCGGGUGCGAGACAUCUUCAAGCAGGCCAAGGAGAAGGCUCCAUGCAUCGUGUUCAUCGAUGAGAUUGAUGCAAUCGGUCGCCAGCGCGGGGCCGGCAUGGGUGGCGGCAACGACGAGCGUGAGCAGACACUGAAUCAGAUCCUCACGGAGAUGGACGGCUUCGAGGGCAACAGCGGUGUGAUCGUGGUCGCGGCCACGAACAGGUCCGACAUCCUGGACAAUGCCUUGUUGCGUCCUGGCCGUUUCGAUCGCCGUGUGCAGGUCGGUCUCCCGGAUGUCAAGGGCCGUGCCCAGAUCCUCGAGGUCCAUGUCAAGAACAAGAAGCUCGACGGAGAGAUCACCCUCAUGGACAUCGCCAAGCGCACCGCCGGCUUCUCUGGUGCUGACCUGGAGAAUCUGAUGAACGAGUCGGCCAUCCUUGCAGCCCGGCGCAACAAGACGGCCAUCAGCAUGGAUGAGAUCAACGAUGCCACCGACCGGGUCAUCGCCGGCCUCGAGGGACGUGCACUGCAGGACAACGCGGCCAAGAAGCUUAUUGCCUACCACGAGGCAGGACAUGCCAUCGUCGGAACCCUGCUUCCGUACCAUGAUCCCGUCAACAAGGUGACCUUGAUCCCACGUGGGCAGGCCAAGGGCCUCACAUGGUUCACGCCCGGCGAGGACCAGAGCCUCAUCUCUGCCGCCAUGCUGAAGGCCCGUAUUGCCGGCGCCCUGGGCGGACGGGCCGCCGAACAGCUGGUCUUCGGAAGCAGCCAGGUGACCACGGGUGCCGGCGGCGACCUCCAGCAGGUGGAGCGCAUGGCCCGGGCAAUGGUCACCCAGUUUGGCAUGUCCGAGGUCGGUUCGCUGGCCAUCGAUGACGGCGGCUUCAUGGGCCCCGACUACUCGGAGCAGCUCAGCGAGAAGAUCGACCAGGCCAUCAAGAACAUCUCGGAUGAUUGCUACCUCAACGCGCUGAACAUCCUGAUGACCAACCGCGCGUGCCUGGAUUUCGUUGCCGACGAGCUGACAGAGAAGGAGACCAUGACUGGCGAUCGCCUUCGGGAGAUCAUCGCCGAGUACACAGAGAUCCCGGCCAAGCUCGCGGCUGUGUGA